CGAGCCAUUCCCUCAGUCUUCUGCAUUCUAUCGCUCUUGCCGUGCUCGUCGUCGCUCUACCCGAUAGCCUUCAUCGCAUCGUAUGCUUGACAGAGAGCACUGAAGUUGUAACGCCGUGUGCAUAUCGUGCGACUCGAUUUCGUGGAAUUUGCUGCGGUAGGCGGUUCGCGGGAGGUGAAGGAGGAUUGUCUCGUCGGAGGAAGUUUUAAGGUGUAUCAUCGCAUUCUACGUGACCAUGGCGAAGAACUCUUUCAAGCAAGAGCAUCCGCUGGAGAAGAGGCAGGCAGAGGCUGCAAGAAUUCGUGACAAGUAUCCCGACAGAAUCCCAGUGAUUGUGGAGAAGGCGGAGAAAAGCGACAUACCAGACAUUGAUAAGAAAAAGUACCUGGUACCAGCGGACUUGACGGUUGGACAGUUCGUAUAUGUGAUAAGGAAGCGCAUCAAAUUGAGUUCCGAAAAGGCCAUUUUCAUCUUCGUGAAGAAUGUGCUACCUCCGACAGCGGCUAUGAUGUCAUCUAUCUAUGACGAGCACAAGGACGAAGACGGGUUCCUUUAUUUUACCUACAGCGGUGAGAACACGUUCGGGCUAUCGAGGAUCUGCUAGCAGGAAUGGAUGGUUGGAGGUUGAAUGGACGUGCAUAAUUCAUGCGUAAUUGUAGGCUUGGUUAAGUAGCCGAAGGCUGUGUGUGUUAUGGACCGCCCACUGUACGUAAGAAAUGGCUAGAAUUGUGGUCGGCUCAUGCACCUGCUUCAUUGAACCAUCCCUGAUACAUCGUUUUGGGGAAUUGUUAAGACGAAGCUUGUUUUUAAAAGAUAACCCUUAAUGUGUUAAAUGUACAGCAGGGGAUAGGAAUCGGGCAAGUGUACAUAGAACCUUGUACGAAGUUUGUAUCUGGCAUAUAGAUGAUGAACAUGUAAUGUGCACAUUGUGCCACUAUUUGUGGCUAGACUACAUUAAAUAAGUGACAUGUUUUAUCAUUUGAUGAUUUUAA